CAGUUACUUCACCACGGUGCUAACUACCUAGCGCUGCACCAACCAACCAGUAGUCAAUUAAGCAGCGCUUGACCAUGGCGCCCAAGCAGCUCCCCGCUGUCCUCCUCGCCGCCUGCGCCACCGUCCUGGCCCUCGCCGCGCCAUUGCUCGCCGGCGACCCCGACAUGCUCCAGGACUUCUGCGUCGCCGACUACAAAUCCCUCGACGGCCCAUUGCGGUUGAACGGGUUCCCGUGCAAGAGGCCGGAGAACGUGACGGCGGACGACUUCUUCUCCUCCGCGCUGGCACUCCCGGGCAACACCGGCAACCCCGUCGGGUCUGCGGUCACGGCGGCGAACGUGGAGAAGCUCCCGGGGCUCAACACGCUGGGCGUCUCCAUGUCCCGCGUGGACUACGCGCCCUGGGGCGUGAACCCGCCGCACACCCACCCACGUGCCACCGAGAUCAUCUACGUGCUUGAGGGCUCCCUCGACGUCGGCUUCGUCACCACUGCCGGCAAGCUCUUCGCCCGCACCGUCUGCAAGGGCGAGCUCUUCGUCUUUCCCCGCGGCCUCGUCCACUACCAGAAGAACAACGGCGGCGCGCCGGCCAUGGCGAUCUCGGCAUUCAACAGUCAGCUUCCGGGCACGCAGUCCCUCGCCGUGGCGAUGUUCGGUGCCUCACCACCGGUGCCCACCGACGUGCUGGCCAGGGCGCUCCAGAUCGACGGCGGCCUGGUGGAGACCAUCAAGUCCAAGUUCCCGCCAAAGUAACUAGCCUUGCAUUUGCAUGCAUGAGGUUGGUUGGGUCUGUUCUACGUGCGUACGUGCUGCUAAUAAUGACGACGACCAAGUGCAGUUUCAAUUCAUUUGCUUGACAGUAUCUUUUGUACCAUACUCUGAUCGAUUCCUUUGUGUCGGUGCAUGUUUAGUGAAGGGUGUCGCCUGUUUUACUGUUAAUUGUUGCUUUUUGUUCACGAAUGAGCUACCGGUGAUUAAUUUGUAUGUGUCCAUUAUUGCUGAAAAUGAAUGUGCCUUAUUGCUUUAA